CUCGCUCCACCCCGGACGGGGCGAGAUGGGGAAGUUCCGCCCAGCAGCCCAGCCUCCCGGACGACUGCCCCGCCCCCUUCCUGCCGGACUAGCGGGGCGGGAGGGCAGGUCCGCGGUUGUGUGGUUGCUUGGAGAGGAUCAUGCCUCUGUCCGUGCACCACCAUGUGGCCUUAGACGUGGUCGUAGGCCUGGUGAGUAUCUUGUCUUUCCUGCUGGAUCUGGUCGCUGACCUGUGGGCCGUUGUCCAGUACGUGCUCCUUGGCCGUUAUCUGUGGGCCGCGCUGGUACUGGUCCUGCUGGGCCAAGCUUCGGUGCUGCUGCAGCUCUUCAGCUGGCUCUGGCUGACAGCUGAUCCCACCGAGCUGCACCAUUCGCAGCUCUCGCGUCCUUUCCUGGCUCUGCUGCACCUGCUGCAGCUCGGCUACCUGUAUAGCUGUAGGAGAUGGACGACGUCACAGAAGGUUGACCUGGCCCUCCGGGCACCUGUGUGUCCUGCCUAGGUGUUUGCACGGAAUGCAUCAAGGGCUGUCCAUGUGCUACCAGGAGAUGCCAUCCGAGUGUGACCUGGCCUACGCAGACUUUCUCUCCCUGGACAUCAGCAUGCUGAAGCUUUUCGAGAGCUUCCUGGAGGCGACGCCACAGCUCACACUGGUGCUGGCAAUUGUAUUGCAGAAUGGCCAGGCGGAAUACUACCAGUGGUUUGGCAUCAGCUCAUCCUUUCUUGGCAUCUCGUGGGCACUGCUGGAUUACCAUCGGUCUCUGCGUACCUGUCUUCCCUCCAAGCCACGCCUGGGCCGGAGUUCCUCUGCUAUCUACUUCCUGUGGAACCUGCUGCUGCUGGGGCCCAGAAUCUGUGCCAUCGCCUUGUUCUCAGCUGUCUUCCCCUACUAUGUGGCCCUGCAUUUCUUCAGCCUGUGGCUGGUACUUUUGUUCUGGAUCUGGCUUCAAGGCACAAAUUUUAUGCCUGACUCCAAAGGUGAGUGGCUGUACCGGGUGACAAUGGCCCUCAUCCUCUAUUUCUCCUGGUUCAACGUGUCUGGGGGCCGCACUCGAGGCCGGGCCGUCAUCCACCUGAUCUUCAUCUUCAGUGACAGUGUUCUGCUGGUCACCACCUCCUGGGUGACACACGGCACCUGGCUGCCCAGUGGGAUCUCAUUGCUGAUGUGGGUGACAAUAGGAGGAGCCUGCUUCUUCCUGGGACUGGCUUUGCGUGUGAUCUACUACCUCUGGCUGCACCCUAGCUGCAGCUGGGACCCUGACCUCGUGGAUGGGACCCUAGGACUCCUUUCUCCCCAUCGUCCUCCUAAGCUGAUUUAUAACAGGCGUGCCACCCUGUUAGCAGAGAACUUCUUCGCCAAGGCCAAAGCUCGGGCUGUCCUGACAGAGGAGGUGCAGCUGAAUGGAGUCCUCUGAGGCAGGGUCUGAUUCAGCCAGUGAGGAAGAUAAUGCGAGUGGGGCCUUGCAAGGGACAAGGCGGGCCAGUCAUGUGCAAGCCAUUUUUUUUCUUCUGAAGCCGAUGGAACUGCUGUCAGCAAACACUCGGUUGUUUGUUGUUCUCACCUCUCAGGUGAUUGGUGGCGUCCUGGCUCCUGGUUCCCUAGCCCGCUCUAGAUGACACAAGAUUCUGGGAGAACUCUUCCCUACCCCAUCCCAUCCAUUCACUUCAACCAACAAAUGCUAAAGGCACUUUAUGUUCUGGGAACACCAUCCUGGCUUCUGAACUGCCUGCCACUCUAGCUUCUUUCCCUGCCCACCUGGACAGAUCCUGGGUAGACUCCUAAACAGUGAGGCCAGGUAUGUCCCUCCAGUGUCCUGAUGCUCAGGCCACCUUUAUACCAAGUGCCUUAUGGACCUGUGGUCUAGGCCAUGUGAUGCCCAGUAAGUAUUUUCAUUCUCCUACCUCAGUCUAUGUGGAAGAACAUAUAUGCAUGUGUUUAACAGUAUUAAAGCCUCAUGAGAUUCUCCAGACCAGUAUGUACCACUAAGUGUAGUCUAUCACCCUUUACAGACACGUAGAAGGCGCCUGGAACCCCUUAAAACUGACACAGACCCCUGGCAUACAAAUGUGGGCAUAGGUUUGACUUAAUUUUGCUUCCCAAGACGCAGGGGCUAGUGAGCCCGAGCCGGUUGAUCAUUCGGCUAGCAGAACUCAUGGGCAGAUGCUAGUGUAUUCUUUUAGCAGCUCCGUACUGAGCCUAAAGAGGACUUGAGGAUGGGGAUGGCAGGUUUGAGGGGCUGGAUGGAAGGUAAAGGAUUGGGGGUUCUUUUUGGGUGAGAGGUGCAGUGGCUUCUGGGAUGUGGUCAAUAGCUCCGUGGAGGUGGCGUGUUCUGCUCUCGGAGGUUUGUGGUCUUGUUGGGAAAAGGGAACAGGAGAGAGGCUCCAGGGGCAGAAGAAAAGGUUCCAGGUCCCAGUGCUGGGACCCAGAUAGUUCUAGCAGUCAUUCAUUUAUUUGUGUGGACGUGAAAUAACCUGUGACCCAAACAAGCACCAAGUACUGAAAGAAAACCAGAUGGAGAGGUGAGAGGGAGGAUGUAUGUUGUGGGUGGAAGUUGCAGCUUUAUAAAAAACCAUUGGGGAGGACCCCUCUGAGAAACUGAGGCAUAGACUGUAAGCUACUUCAGCAGUGACUGCAGCAUGGAGUCUGCGUGGUUUGUUGGAGAAGGAAUCUGCGAAUGCUGUUCCCUGUGGCACAGCAACCCCACUGUAAGAGGACUGUGGGGUGCGGUUGGCUCACAGCCAAGGAGGCUGCAGAGAUGCAGGUGGGGGCCUGGAAGAGGCUCUGGGAGAAGGUACUUCUUAUACUAAAAGGUACAGGCUGACUAUGGACAGAAAGGACCUAAUUUCCAGACCUGAAUUUUACAGACCAGGAAAAGGAGCCAAAGUGGUUGUUGAUGUUAAAAGGGUCUGAAAAACAGUCACCACCUCCGUGUUCACUCUCAUGGAAAAACGGAUGUAAUCACACCAGAAGGUGUCAUCCUCUAAACAGAUGCCCCCACAGGUACACACCUGAAAUCACUGUUACUCUCAUUUAUGAAAAUGGUAAGAUAGGGAUGAGCCAGUGUGACACACCUACCAGUCUGGGCAAGGACAUCAGGAGUUCAGACUCCUCAGUGACAAUGUCAGAGGCCAGCUUGGGCUACAUGAGACCCUGUCUCCAACAAAAUGAAAUUAUUUUAUUUAUUUAUUUAUUUGGCUUUUUGAGACGGGGUUUCUCUGUGUAGCCCUGGCUGUCCUGGAACUCACUCUGUAGACCAGGCUAUCCUCAAACUCAGAAAUCUGCCUGCCUCUGCCUCCCAAGUGCUGGGAUUAAAGGCAUGCGCCACCACGCCUGGCACAUUUUUUUUUUAAAUUAAAAAAAGAAAGACGUUACUACCCUGCUCUUGUUUUGUGACACACAAUCUGGUCUGAGAGGACCCUGAGCACAUCUUCCUUCCUUCAACACUACCGUGCUAAGUUCUUAAAAUCUGGGACUUAAAACCAGGUUAGUGACAUUACCCGUAGUUAGGAUGUUUGGUUUGUUGGGGAUUGGUUCUAAUGCUCUGUCUUAAUUCGGCUCCCAGAAUCACACGGGAAUCUGCUCUGCUAAAGGAAGCCUGUCACUAGUUGGCUGUGAUUGGGAAAUAAAGUUGCCCAGGGCUGGCUGGGCAGGAAAGAGGCGGGACUUUUAGGUUGUGAGGGCAAGGAACCCCGGGGAGUUGGAAGCAGAGGGAUUUCACUGCGCAGUUGGGUCUGGGGCAGCAGAGAUGAAAUGAUGACUUAGCAAGUCGACUCAGGGAGGUUAGGGGGGUAGAAUGUAUGCUAGUCGCACGGAGGGUUAGACACGUCCAGCCACUGAGCUAGUCAGAGCAUAUCAAAGUUAGAUGGUGUGUGUCUCUCAUUCACAAAUCCCGGGAACACUUGGCCAGCCGGGAGUCAGGGGUCUAAGCACUACAGGGUUUGGAAACCAGCCAACACUAGAAUCUGCACUUGUGACUGAGCAGGGGUACGGACAACAGCUAACAGUCUACUUGAGCUGCACUGCGGCUCAGAAGAUCACUUCCCGGAGAAAAUUCACCUUGGAGUCCGACAUAUCUCACCUUUGGAAGCUAGAAACAACUUCUAAUUUCCUUCACUGGAACAAUGGGUAAAAAGCCCUCUUGUAAGCUAGUGGGGGCCAAUCAGACCAAAUGUGGCAGAAUGUAGAACACCUGGUUGGUGGGACGGGAAGUCAGGAUUUAUUGGGUUGCGGCUUAAUUAAUGCUCAGCACAGACUGACUCCUCCUUGGUAACGUUCAGCACACUCGACAGCUCUGAAAUCCAUUCCAUUUCUAUACCUUAAAAAGCAGUGUAUUUUAGAAACAAUUCAAAUAAACAUUUCUCUCGCAAA